GAGACAGGAAUGUGCAUACAUCGGUAUUCACCAAGCAUCACAGGCAGCUAGAAAGUAAUGCACGACUCAGUCAUAUGUGAGGACACUUGAGGAAUUCUUCACACGUGCAUCGUUUGUAGGCAAGGAUGCUUUUUUCUUUCUUUUUUGAAACACAGCGAGAGAGAGACUGGAUAAAGUGUGCAAGGCAGGAAGAGCAGCAACACCGCAGCUCAAAGCUUCCUCUUCGUCGGAUUUUUUUUUUUUUAAUCAUAUUAUUUUUUCACCAACUUCCUUCCUGCUUUUAACUGCCAAAGCUCAACGCUGAGAGGAGAGAGCAGAGGGGGACCCUGGACAGAGACGCCAGCCGCAACAGCCCAACUAAGGACUGACAAGCCCACAUUGGCUUCCUACUUUAACUGAUUGGCAGUUUCCCCUUCUGAGGCCAAGCGACCAUGACUGAGAAAGACCCAGAGGUGCAUGUGGAAGAUGAUGAUGAUGAACUAGACAGCAAAUUGAACUACAAACCCCCACCUCAGAAAACUCUUCAGGAACUGCAGGAGCUGGACAAGGAUGACGAGAGUCUGGCUAAGUACAAGAAGUCCCUUUUGGGAGAUGGACCUGUGGUGGCAGACCCGUCAGUUCCCAAUGUGACAGUCACUCGGCUCACCCUGGUAUGUGGAACUGCUCCAGGGCCAAUUACUAUGGACCUCACUGGGGACCUAGAGGCUCUCAAGAAAGAGACCUUUGUAUUAAAGGAAGGAUCUGAAUACCAAGUCAAGAUCUGUUUCAAAGUCAUUAGGGACAUUGUAUCUGGCUUGAAAUAUGUGCAGCACACUUACCGGACAGGGGUGAAAGUGGACAAAGCUACAUUCAUGGUGGGCAGCUAUGGGCCGCGGCCAGAGGAGUAUGAAUUCACGACACCUCUUGAGGAAGCCCCCAAGGGCAUGAUGGCUCGAGGAAACUACCGCAACAAGUCUUUCUUCACUGAUGAUGACAAGCAUGACCAUCUCACCUGGGAGUGGAACUUGUCCAUUAAGAAGGAGUGGACAGAAUGAGUUCCACCUCAUGUUCCUCUCUUCGCUUCCUCCUGCCUCUUGUGCUGUAUUCCAGGCGUACCAGUCUGGCACCUGCAUGCCUUCGCUUCCUCCACACAACCCAUCUGGCCCUUUUCCUGUAACAAGAGAUUCUGUUAACCUAGGCCUUUGGACAGACUCUGUCUCUCCUGCUGCUACACUGAAAAUAACAGCAAGGAGUUAAACUGGGACAAACCGUCCUGGUGGCUAACAUUUGCACCGGAUGAGUCCCUGAAGUGCCUUUGCUAGAUGUAUGGUUGCCAACCCAACCCAAUUACUUAUCAGGGCAGAUAGAUUGUCUCAAUCUAAAGAUCUGCAACCAAUAUGCAUUUUUUCACUCUCAUAAUCUGUGUUCGCUGGGAACAUCUUUGUCUAUGAAUGGAUUCUACCUUGAAUCAGUUUAGGUGCAAUUUAUGAAACUGCAUUUGAAAGUCUUGCCUUUAAAAGUAACAGGAGACACAGUUCCUGCCCUGGCCUGUGAAGAUUUCAGUGUCUUUGAAAAUAAAGCCAGUUUUGUCCUUUG